GGAAACACGACUAAGAUUAGUAUCUCUGUCGGACCUUCUUGUAGUUGUAAUACAGAGCCAGGCGUGAGCUUUGCACAAACAUCCAAGAAAGGCUAGUAAGGGUUGUUGUCCUUGGUUGAUCACUGACUCCGGUCGUUUCCAACCAUUUCAAGCCUUUUGAUGUAUCCACGGAUCAACACAGGCGCUUCAGGCGUGCUGCAAGUGCCAUCAUCAGGUCAUGCAAAUGCAUACUACCCGACCGUGGGCGUGCAGAGCUCGCCAGAAUUUUCACAGCACGAGCAAGGGUCAGCUUUCAGCAAUGGGCCAGCUGCCAGUGGUGGAUCACCCACAUCACAGAAUUUCCCGCUGCUGCGAGUGCAGAUCGCUGAACAAUAUCGUACCUUGCCUCCGGUGAUGGUGAGCCCAGGCUUGGACAAUAUUCAGCAGUCCUCCUUUACCUACAACUUUGACUACGAGAGAAGGAUUGAGGCUGAGGACAGUGCAGCAGCAAGCCAGGAGAGCGCAUCUGGGGACGAUCGGAGCGGAUCAUCCAACCAAGCAGCUGCAUCAGUGCAGGUAGAGGAUCCCUGGACAUCUCAGGUCCUGAAAUACACUGAAAUGGGAUUCUCCCGGGAGGAAGUGUGCAUGGCGCUGGCAGCACUUGGCACUGAUGCAGAUAAAGACAACGAGUUUAUGGACUUCUGCAAGAACUACAGAGAGCUGCGCAGCAUGGGGUUCCCGAAGGCCACUGUGGCUGGAGCACUGGUAGCUCACACUAAUGAUUUUGCCGCUGCCACGGAGGCAUGCCUAGCAGCACAGUAG